GGUGCAUGCCGCCCAAUCUUGCCUGCUUGAACGCAAGCUGCUAAUCCCUUGGAUACUUACUUACCUACCUCGGAUACCCGGGACCAUCCUAUUCUCUCUUCCUAUUCUUCUCAAUCAACACUUGAUUUCUAUCCUGGAAGUUGACCUUCAAGACAAUUACUUGGAGACAGCUUCAUUUGUUCUAUUGAGAAUCGAUACCCAUCCCCUCCCUGCGUUCAAGAAGCUGUGCGACUUUUGCGACAGGACCGUACUCUCUACGUCGCUUACCAGUGCAAACGCUUGAAUCUCAACUCGUACCAGUCGAGAUACAAAUCUAAUUCCUCAUUCCUCAGAGUGGUUGAAUUGCUAUUUCGAGAACCUAUCCGCGAGCCGUCAUCAUGGCGUCCGUGUCGUCGCUGGAUAAGGACUUGCGCAAGAUGCGCCUUGAGAAAUACACACCAGCAGCGGCGAAUGAAGCUCGUUCAUGGAUCGAAGAUAUUCUCGGAGAGAGUCUUCCUUCGUCCGAUCUCCUCGAAGGACUAAAAGAUGGAGUUGCUCUAUGCAAACUCGCCAAUCUCGCCCUACCACCUCCUGGGGUUCGGUUCAAGCAAUCGGCCAUGCCUUUCGUACAGAUGGAAAACAUCUCGCUAUUUCUCCGUGCUUGCCAAUCUCCACCACUGAACCUCCACCAACAUGAUACAUUCCUUACUGUCGAUCUUUUUGAGCAGAAGGACCCAGCGCAAGUACUUCAAUGUAUCGGCGCAUUCAGCAGAGCGGCCCAUGCUGCUAAUCCUCAAAACUUUUCCACCUCGAUUGGACCUAAAAAUCGACCUGAAACGGUUACUCCACAAGGAACAGGUUCAAGGACACCUACCGGGACACGCGACAGGGGCGCAUCCGUUACGAGCAACAAGUCGCCUGCUUUUGGACGCUCUGCUGCUCUGCCACAUCGAACAGGUGAUUCGGGCUCUGGGCGGUGGAGUCCUACCAAGAGCCCUACCCCGAAGAAUGGGCCCGAAUCUCCUGGCGCCGUUAGCAGCUGGAGCAAAAAGGAGCACGAAGGUACUACUGCGCCGGCUUGGAAUAUUGCACAGUAUGGUUACUUGGGGGGCGCUAGCCAAGGUAAUCUCGGUAUAUCGUUUGGUGGUAGGCGACAGAUCACCAAUGCUGGUCCCCGCGUGCCAACUCUCGCUGAGAAGGAGCGCCGUCGAAAGGAGGAGGAAGAGCGUGCUCACCGUGAAGCGGAAGAAGGGGAGAGGCAGCGAGCUGAAGAGGAGGAUCGCGCCCGGGUUGAGGAAGAGCUCAGGUGGGAGCAGGAAACAGAACAACUCCGAGAAAAGGAGCGGCAGGCUGCCGAAGAAGAGAAGCGCAGAUGGGAGGAGGAGGAACGGCAAUGGAAAUUGACAGAAGAGAAACGGCGCAAGGAGGAGGAAGAUGCCGAAGCCCGACUUGCCGAAGAACGAAAAAGCGUGAAGAAUCGUGGUGAUUCUAAGCUGACGGGGCAGUUCCUGAGUCAGUACCGAGCCGACCAAGGAGCAUCACAACAAGACGGUGCUUCAGAAGAUGACUACAAGAACCGUGUGAAGCAGUUGGAGCAAGAGUUGGAGCUCGCUCGACAACGAGAAGCCGAGUAUGAGCAAGAGCGUCAAGUGAGAGCUCAACGUCAAGGAAGCAUAGAGACAAAGCCAACUCCUAAGCCAAAGCCUAAGCUGGUAUCCAGUCCUCCAACACGUUCUGACUCAUGGUCUAAAGACGAGCGAGAAGUUCUGAGGACUCGGUCUCCUUUCAACAGAGAACCCCUUCAAACAAAUAACGCUCCUGUAUUACCCUCAAGGUCACCUCGCCCCUUGCCUGACCCGACUGCCCUUCCCCAGGCCAAGUCACAGAACACGAGCAGCCGGCCCCUUCCGGAUCCCGCCGCAUACUCCUCGAGACCUACACCCGCCGCUCCCAGCCGUACCGACCGCUUUCUAUCAAGUAAUCCAGCCCCUUCACCACCUGCAGCCCAGGCGACUUAUUCACGCGAACUGGGCGCCACAGCCGAGCGCGAUGCCGAAGACCAGCGCCGCGCACAGAGCCAGAAUAAGACUAAGGCAGGUGGGUGGGCCUCCAAAUCACUUCUUGAACGAGAGAUGGAGAUGGAACGUCAACGGCAGCGCGAGUGGGAAGAGGCACAGAAAGAGACUGCUGCGGCGGUGCGCUCCAAUGAAGGUGUAGACGGAAUCGGCGGUGGUAUUGGUGGUCGGUGGGAUGUUGGGCAAUGGGCUGGCUAUACAGGUGGUGACAGCCAGAAUAAGGGGUCAGUGGGUAUCGGAGCUGGUCGAAGACAGAUCGUAGGACCUCGGCCGCUUCCUGAGCAACCAAGGUAAGGUGCCGGCCUAGAAAUAGAAGCGACUGUGUUGCAACUCAAGCAACGAAGCACUGGGCUGAUUGAGGGGUCUUUCAAAUUUUGAUCGAUUGUGAUGGCCUUU